CCUUCGCUUGUAUCAUAUUAGUGUUAUACGCUGUGGCAUGGGGUCUGUGGUGGAGAUUUUGCUUUGGGUCUGGAUUGCUCUAGAAUCUGGGGUGAAUUCUGACUCGCUGCCAGAAAUCACCGAUCAAGGGUUUAUUGAUGAAUGUGUAAAGGCACACAACGAGGCGAGGUCAUCUGUCAAUCCACCUGCAAGUGACAUGCUGUACAUGACAUGGGAUGAAGGCUUGGCCAUUACUGCAAGAGCAUGGGCAAGGAAGUGUGUAUUUAAACACAACAUCUACCUUCGAGAUGCCCCUCGUAUGCACCCUCACUUCUCUUCUGUAGGAGAGAACAUAUGGGCAGGCUACCCGCCAUAUCCUUUUGAUGCAAGGAAAGCAAUAAUUGAUAAGUGGGUGGGUGAAAAACAAGUCUACAACUAUCAAGGAAACACUUGCUCAGGUGUCUGUGGCCACUAUACACAGGCUGUAUGGGCGAGCAGCUUCAAGGUUGGUUGUGCUGCCCAGCUGUGCCCGAAUGGUGUCAAAGAAACCAACUUUGCCACUGAAGAGGGUGUCAUUUUUGUAUGCAACUACGCUACAGGGGGUAAUGUGAAUGGUCGGCGGCCAUAUGAAACUCAAGGGGCAGCAUGUUCUAAGUGUGAAGGCUCCUGUGUGAACAAGCUUUGCCGUAGCCAAAAACGGGAUUCACAGAAAAGUUACAAAUGGUCCCCAGAUUGGGACCGCUCUGAAGCUGCCCCGGAGAACCACGCGGCCAGCUCCAACUAUGUGGCUGUUCUGGUCGCUCGGCCCAUUGCUCUGAUUUGCACUUUUAUUGCAGCAUAUGUAGUCCACUACUUUUACCCAGAUAUGUUCUGCUAUGAAUAGUCCUCUUGUGAUGAACUGAUGAAUAUUCAGCCAGAGUUGAGAUGAGGAUGCUAUUUUAUAAACGCCAAACUUAAAGCAGUUUAUUUUAGGUCCCAACAGAGCUGUGCAUAAAUUGCCAAAAAAGUACAUAUUAAUGAACAAAAUUGAGUCCAAAAUGAUUUUUCCUAAUCUACACAGGAACUAAUCUGAUCUGUUAUAUGUGUUACAUUACAACCUAAAGCAACCUGCAACCUAUUCUAAUGUGUUAUAUAUAAACACUUUAUUCUGCCGUUUUGGAUGUGUCACACCACAAGCCGAACAGGAAACCACAUGGUUCAGAGGUUUGCACACUCAAAAUAAGACGUUUCAUUUUACUGCCAGCGUACAUGUACAGUGCCUAUAAGCAGUUAAGCUGCAAAAAUCUAUAUAUUUACAUAGACAAAUGGAAGACAACCACACAUAAGCUCCAGUAUUUUCACUAUAAAGACCAAAACGUUUCAACCAUGCUUUGUCUUUC